UACUAAACUGGGUUGGAAAUUGUGGACGCGAAUGAUAGCUCUCCUGUUUGCUGGGUAUCCGGACGGUUUUAGUAACAUUUCCUGAUUUAAUGACAUGAAGUGCGACUCGGCCAUGCAUAGUUAAUACAAGAACAGACUUCCAAAUGAUUAAGCAAAAAAUAGUUUGUCUUAGUAAAAUAGGCCGAUUGUAGUGCUGAAUUAGACGCACGUGUGUUGGUUACCAUGGUGUUUUGAUUUAGGUGACCGCGUUUUUUUGUGUUUGUUGAAUUUUCCUUGCAGUGUUUUGGGGAGAGAGGCAAUUUUCACGCUUUUGGCUAAAUCAUGAGUGGAGUAAACGUGCAGAAAUGAAUGGUCAGUGAACUCAUAGAGGAACUCCAGCGGCGAGGCCUGGACACCCGCGGCCUGAAAGCGGAUCUCGUUGACAGGCUGCAGGCGGCACUCGAGGCCGAGGACACGGGCGAGGGGGGCGGGCCGCCGGGGCCAAUGGAUGAAGCGUGUGUGGGCGGCGAGGAGGCUAAGCACGGAGACGGAGCCGGCAAGGGCUACCAGGAUGCAGAAGUGUUUGUGGUGAAAAAAGAGAUGAAAGAAGAGGAUGGACAGCAGUACCAAGAUGGUUUUAAGUUUCCAGAAGAGCAGCAGCACCUACAUCCAGAGCCGGCCAAUGAGUGGGAUGCUCAGGAAGCUGUGCUGGUUAAGAUGGAGGACAGGCACAUGCCUUAUGGAUGUAAGAGACCCUCCCACGAGGGCCAAGGAAUCAGUUACUCUGAACUCCGCGAGUACAAGAGGGCAAAGAGAACUCUAGUUGGCAGGAGAGCCGAUAAAUCUACAGUGGAAGAUCAAGUGCUGAGGUACCCAGAGCUAAAUCGCUUCGUGCGCCGUCAACCAACAGACAUGAACAUGCCAAAUCCAGGAAAGAAACAGUGCACCAUGGCAGGAAAGAAGCCACGGAAGAAGCGGGCCCCCAGCUUCACCGCCACAGAAAUGGAGAUCCUCCUAGAGGAGGUGGCGCUGCACAGGGACACGUUACUAUCUAGUUUCCGCAGCACGGUGUCCAAUAAAAGCAAGCAACAGCUCUGGGAGGACAUUGCUAGAAAGAUGGCAGCUUCCAGCCUCAGCCCACAGAGGGAGUGGGACGUCGUAAGAAAGAAGUGGCAUGAUUUUGCCAGUGUGGCCAAGGCCAGAGGUGCCACAGUCCGGAGAGACCGGGAGCAGACAGGUGGGGGCCCCAGCACUGUGUCUGCACUCACCCCCAAUGAGGAAAAGGUGCUGGAGAUAUUGGGAGAGUCAGCUUCCCAGGGCAUCUCGGGGGGCAUUGAUGUCAGAGCAGAGGAAGGUGUCAGAUGUAACCCUCAGACCAGGUCAUCCUCACCCCCCCCCACCUCUGCAGCCUCCUCCCCCUCCAGCAGUGGCGCAGCUUCUCCGGUACCACCCACACCACACCCCUUCGCAAGGUCACCAGGCUCCACUGCAGUCUUACUGCGCCGACUACCCAGGCCUCAAGGCAAGACUAGGCGGCAAUCCAUCCAGUGCGACUGCAGUGAGGAGCUGGUGAGGUUGGAGAAGGAGAAGCUGGAGGUGCUGCGGGGGAUAGAGAGAGAGCUACAAGAGGCCAACCACCUAGCGUGGGCCACGCUGGAGUUGAAAAGGGCAAAGCUAGACCUCAUGCAGCGACAACAUGCCCUAGCUGAGCCAGAGUUCCAGAAGCCACACAUUUCAGUGCCCAUCAUACUACCAAGUCAAGGUGCUCCCGUGCCAACGGCGAUAUUGUGCAGCAUGGCUGUCAUAACUGUAAUGGCACAGCCCUCCAGCCGACUUAUGCAGGCACCAAAAUCGCUACUUCCAAUGGCUGAAUGCGAGCUCGACGAUGUGGCGGGGGCAGGCGUGAGCACUGUUGUAGUGCUGUUCAGCCUGCAUCACUGGAUUGCUGACUGGAGUGAGGAGGUACCGUUGGAGGGGGUAGCCGCUGCCUCUGAGGAACAGAUCCCUUGUUCGGGAUCCAUCCAUUGGGAGCCACGGCUGAACUGGCCCACGCAAAGCUACCCUGGGUGCUCCCUGGCCACCACAUCCCCCGACUUGUGUCGACCACCACCUGGACAUUGA